AUGGGCCAAGCUCUAGAACUCAAAGAGCAUCCUUUCUUUGAGGGCGUCGACUGGGAUGCUGUAUAUCAUCGACGCUACUCUCCACCUUUGGUGCCUCCUUAUGGAGAGGUUAACGCCGCCGAUGCCUUCGACAUUGGUUCUUUCGACGACGAUGAUACUCAGGGGAUCAAAACUGUCAAGCACCUGGGGACAUUAUCAGAUUCCACUUGUUUGUGGCUUCUAGCAUUGGCUCAUCUCUAUUCAGAGAAAAGUAAUCCAAAGCCAAUUCAACUAAGCAUCACAGCCUGCUCCUUUUGGAUGCGCUUCAUCUCUGUUUGGGAACUUCGCCUGUAUACAUUUAAUCACCCACAAGUUGGUGCUAGCCUUACCUUUAUUCUGCUUCUUCAGCUCUCAUUGAUGGUCGAUUGUAGCAACCUUUAG